UUUUCUGACAGUAAUUAUAAAAAGAUUAAAAAUAGGAACAACUGCUGCACGUUCAAAUAAAAUUGAUUCGUAUAUUCUAAAUUACAUUAUUAAAAUACUAUAACACAGCUUUUUUCAGUUGGUUUUAUAGAAACAACCGUACACUGCAGAACUGAGAGCUCUAACUUCCUAAGUCAACAUGCUUAUUUCUUGUCCAGGCAGAGUUCUAACCUUGUGUUUAGCAAAGCAACUGGCUUCUAACAGAAAAUAAUGCUUAUAGUUAAUUAGCCAAACACAUUCCAUUGUGUACGCUUUUGUCUUGAUGACCAAUUGCAGUCAGUCAUUUAAUAGUGCUAAGGAUAUAUGCUUAUAUUGUGAUUCACUGUUGUUGUCCACAUAACUGGAAUAGCAGCAUUGGUUGUUUAAAACUUCUCCCUUACUUUAAUAUUAAUGUAUGAUAAAAGUGGGCAUUUCUUUACCAACAAACCAUGGUUAUAUUGCUGUAUAUAUUUUGGUAUUUACACCCAGGAAAAAAGCUUAGAAACAUGUCUACGGGAUUGGUAUUGUAACUUUAAUGUACCUUUCUGUCUAAGUAUUUUAAAGUGAUGAAUGAAACUCCAGAACUGGUAUUCACAAUGCUUAGCACAUUCUUCACCGUAAUUUGUGAAUUAAGUGGCUAUUAAGAGGUUUUCCUUAAAAAGUGUAGGCUUUUUAGAACUCUACAUAAUACCAUCCAAAUGUUAUUUGUAUUAUACUUUUACCAUUUAGUCUUUGUUUUUAUCAUGUGUAUCAUUUUAUUUGAUUCAUAAAAAUGUGCAGGUUUUCUUUGAUGUGAAGAUUGGAGAGCAAGAUAUUGGCAGAAUUGUAAUUGGAUUGUUUGGAAAAGUUGUCCCAAAGACAGUUGAGAACUUUGUUGCACUGGCAACUGGGGAAAAAGGAUAUGGGUUUAAAGGAAGUAAAUUUCAUCGUGUGAUCAAAGAUUUCAUGAUUCAAGGUGGAGACUUCACAGCGGGUGAUGGAACUGGAGGAAAAAGUAUCUAUGGAGAUAGGUUUCCAGAUGAGAACUUCAAACUCAAGCACUAUGGGAUUGGAUGGGUCAGCAUGGCUAAUUCUGGUCCAGAUACCAAUGGUUCUCAGUUCUUCAUCACUGUGACAAAACCUUCCUGGUUGGAUGGAAAACAUGUAGUAUUUGGCAAAGUAAUUGAUGGAAUGAAUGUGGUGCACGCCAUAGAACUUCAGCAGACAGAUGAACACGACCAGCCUCUUCAAGACUGUGUGAUCGUGAACAGUGGAAAAAUAGCUGUAAAAGAACCAUUUGUAGUUGAAGUAGAGGAUUGAUGAACUUAACAGCUAUCCUGGAAGAGGAAAUAUAAUGUCUUUUUUCUUUAGGGAUAAAAUUUGGGUGCAGAUAUAAGUUAUCUAUGACUUCUUCCAUAUAAAUGCUCAGUGCUGUCAGCAAACAAUGUGUAAACUCAGCAGCUGUAAUAUGUACAAAACAUUGAUGUACUUAUGUUGAAACUUCUUCAGAGAACCAACACUUUUUAAACAUAAGGGACAUGUCACAAACUUAAAGCUGGUCGAAAAUAAGGACUGAUUUUGUAAAAAAAUAAAAAUAAAUAAAAUAAAAAUUUCAUGGCUGCAGUGUUUGAAAAGGAAUUCAGUUUCUGUUUUGUCAUGAAAUUUUCUACAUUUGUUACUGAAAUUUACUGAAAUCCUUCUACUUAAAACCAGGUCUAUGAUCAAAUAAAUUUUCACAUUUUCUAUAGUUAAGGUCAAAAUAUUAAGAGACUUAUUUGUUCAAAUCUACUAAAAGUGCAGGAUCAAGUUGUUCCCUUUUCCAGAUAAAGGGUAUAUUAAAUACAAGAUUUAGCUAAGACAAAACAGAUCAUGUUGUAUAAACAAACUGUGCUGCUUAACUCACUUACUUAAAAUGGGAUCUCUUUAUUCAUGAGUUUUUAGGUGCACAGCAAUCCAUGCCCCAGAGACCAGAAAGAAACCCAAGUUUUCAACAUGUAAUAGGUGUGUUAAAUGCUAAAGAGACUGCACUUUAGAAUUGGAUCCUUGUAAUCCUUCUGGGUCACUGCUAUCAAAUAAAUUUGAUGGUGUUCAGUUAAAGAUUGUUACAUAGAAUUGUUGAUGAGUUAUAUAUGUAUGGAAUAUUAAAUUUUGGUUCAGAGACAGCUUCGCUAUCCAGCACUCAGGAGGAAUGAUGGUUGCAGGUUAACUGAAUGUGCCGGAUAACAAAGCAGCCCUUGCCCGCUCUGCCAUGGGACAGGAGAAAGCCUCCUAACCAGGAGCAGAGCCAUCAGCCUGUCUGGCACACUUUUUGUUUACCAGAUGGAGGCGAUGCUGAUUAACAGAGCUUUCUGGUUAACAGUGUGUCAGAUAAAAAACCUUUUACUGUAGUAGGAGGUAAAUUGUUUUUUCCUUUACUUUUUACAGCGUGUUUUAAGCAGGGCUGUCAAACAAUUAAAUUGUAAUUAAUGGCAGUUUUAAUUA